CUCAUCUCUGAAUUGCCAAUCCAGUAUAACAACAGCCGCCUGUAACCCCCCGAUGACCGCCCGAGACUCACGGUCAUAACCAUGUGGCUACAGGCGACGCUCCUAUUGCUCGCCUCGUGCGUUCCCUCCACCUCCGCCAUCUACAUCGACGAGGUCGGCCAUAUUGAUUAUCACCACGCCCUCCUCGGCCUUCCCACCUCCCAGUCGACCUUCUUUCUCAAACCGUCCGCCUCGUCUAAUGCGUCCCUCCUCUACACCCUCUCUGAGGGCUCUCUCCUUGGUGCCGUAAACCCGAAGGAUGGAUCUCUAGUUUGGAGACAGAACCUCUCGCGAUCCGCCCUCCCCGUCGACCCGAGCAGCGCCUCGGGUCUCUUACGCGCCUCCGAAGGCACCAACGCUUUAGUCGGUGCGCUGGGCGAUUAUGUCUCUUCAUGGACUGCCCUUGAUGGAAAAUUGAUUUGGGAAAACUGGUUUGCGGAUGAAGCGAUUGCGGAUCUCGAGCUUUUGGAGCUCGAAGACGCCAGCACCGCGCCGUCAGCUAAAGACACUGUGGCGCUGUUCACUGGUAAGGCAGGCGUUGUCCGAAGAUUGGAUGGCAUUUCGGGAGAUAUUAAAUGGGAAUACAAGGAUGAAAGUGGGGACGUCCCGUUGCAGCUAUCAUCCUCGUCCACGGAAGUUUUCUACAUUGCUCUGCAGGCCUCGGCGCGGAAGGGUUACCGGAUCCGCGUGGUCUCUUUGAAUCCCCUGACUGGUCUACCUACCCAGCAGCAAGUCUUGAGCUCAGAGAAUGAGGUUUCCGACCCCAAGUCCGUUGCUUUCGUCGGCGCGAACACGGCCGCGCCUGUGAUUGUGUGGUCUGAUCCCGCGUACAAGACGUUGAAGGUCAACAUAAUCGGGACUAAGAAGAUAUUUUCCUUUGAUAUUGAGAAUACGAGCGGUGAGAGUAUCCAAUCGAUCACUGUCCAUACCCCGAAGAAGCUGGAAUCGCUUCCCCACUAUCUGGUUCACUACGAGACGGGUUCGACCACCUGGGCGGAGGUCUACCACGUUGAUCUGAGGUCUUCCGUGAUCUCCAAGGCAUAUGAGCUGCCUCGCUUGCAGGGAUGGUCUGUCUUCUCCACAAGCAACAAGGACGCCAAUGUCUACUUCACCCGCAUCACGGAGUCGGAGACCACAGUGUUCUCUUCCGCCUCGCAUGGAAUCCUGGGAAGAUGGCCUCACCAGUCUGCCCCGCUGCAAGAGGCCGUCCACGCAGUCUCGGAAGUCGUGACCAAGGGUGACACGGUCGCUGUUCGGUCCGCAGCUACUCUCGUCUCCGGCGACUGGCAAUUGAUCCGCGGCGGUCACGUCGAGUGGACGAGAUACGAGGCAUUGACCGGGGCAUUGGCCGCCUCGUGGGUGGAGACGGACGGCACCGAAGAAUUGGUUCAUCAGCUGGAAGUCGAAGGCCAUGAGAGCAUCUACAAGGCUUAUAGCCACCGUGUCAAGCGCCAUGCUAAAGACCUCCAGCAUCUCCCGGAGUGGCUCAAGGACCUCCCUAAGCGCAUCGUGACCAGCAUUCUCACCGAUGAGGUCUCCAACCUUGACAGCUUCGGCCUCUCCAAGCCUGUCAUUGUUGCCGCGAAGAACGGUCGGGUGUAUGCCUUGGAUGCCGGGAACCAUGGUUCUGUGUCUUGGGCUGUCAAGGCGGCUGAGAAGGACACAUGGGAUGUGAAGGCGAUUGUGGCUCAACCAGGAUCUGCCACUAUCUAUGCCGACGAUGGCAGCUCUGUCACUCUGGACGUCACGACCGGCGAGAUUCUCGCUCGCAGCCCGGGCACGACCACCAAGAUUCGCUCCGUUGCUGUCAUCAAUGACGGCUCCGCUCCGAUCACCAUUGGUAUCCAGGAGGACGGUACGCCGGUCGAGGCUCUUGAUCUGCCUGGAUUCUUUGUCACUCAGAGUAACGAUGGUCGGGUUCUGGGAUGGGUUGCCAAGGAUAACAAGACCCCGAUCUGGCAAUUCCUUCCGCCCCAUGGAGAGAAGAUCGUAUAUGCUACUGCGCGGCCCGCUCAUGAUCCUGUAGCCUCGAUCGGUAAGGUCCUGGGCGACCGUUCUGUUCUCUACAAGUACCUGAACCCCAACCUCGCUCUCAUCACCACCGUCGGGGAGAACACGGCCACUUUCUACCUUCUCGAUGCUGUCUCUGGCCGCAUCCUGCACACUUCAGUGCAGGAGGGCGUUGAUACUACGCAGCCGAUUGCCUCGACUAUCUCGGAGAACUGGUUCGCCUAUUCGUUCUACGCAGAUAUUACCUCUUCGUCUCCGUCCAAGGGCUACCAGCUUGUGAUCUCGGAACUUUACGAGUCGCCCUUCCCCAACGACCGCGGUCCCCUCGACUCCGCCACCAACUACUCGAGUCUCACCUUCCUGCCCUCUCCACACAUCAUUUCCCAAGGCUUCGUCAUUCCCGAGCCCAUCUCCCACAUGACCGUUACCCAAACCCGCCAGGGAAUCACCACCCGCAACCUCCUCUGCUCCCUCCCUUCAACUAAUGCCAUCAUCGCCAUCCCCCGCCCCGUUCUCGAUCCCCGCCGCCCAGUCGACCGCGACCCCACCUCAAUCGAGGCCGAGGAGGGUCUAUUCAGGUACAACCCCUACCUCGAGUUCGAAGGCAGAUGGUACCUCACCCACUCGCGCAACGUCGCGGGAAUUAAAAAGGUGCUCUCGAGCCCGACCCUGCUGGAAAGCACAAGUCUGAUCUUCGCUUUCGGCGGCGACAUCUUCGCCACCCGAGCGACGCCGAGUCAAGCGUUUGACGUGCUCGGCAAGGGGUUCUCUAAGUUACAGCUGGUGCUGACGGUUCUGGCUCUGAGUGCCGGUGUGGCGGUGUUGGCGCCAAUGGUCCGCAGGAAACAGAUCAAUGCGAUUUGGAAGGCGUCGGCGUAGAUUUGGUAUUUAUGUUUCGGAAGUAUGACUCGGUGCUAGGUUGGCUUCUCAUUUGGGAUUGAGGAGCUAGUUGAGGGUAAGAUAGUUGAAAUGCCGAGAUAGAUAUCUAUGAUUAAUUUGCUUUAUCAGAUGUGUGGUCUGCUGUCUUGAGGUGGCUUUUGGUGUAGUGAUUGUUGAGUCUGUAUAUCAUCACCUCAAGUACGCACUAUAAUCGUG